CUGCAGGCUUGGAGCUCUACAAGAAAAUUACAGUCAGCUCAAAACACAUCUUAAUUCUUAUAGGAGUAACUAAGUCAACAGAAGCAGCUUCAGGUAACAAUCAAGAACGAGGUCAUGGGAAAGUCAGCUUCCAAACAAUUUGCUGAAGAGGUCUUAAAAGCCCACAAUGACUACAGGAAGAAGCAUGGCGUUCCACCACUGAAGCUUUGCAAGAAGUUAAACAGUGGAGCACAACAGUAUGCAGCAACACUGGCUAGCACCAAGGUCCUCCAACACAGCCCUGAGUCUUCAAAUGGAAAAUGUGGAGAAAAUCUAGCGUGGGCUUCCUAUGAUCAGCCAGGAAAGGAAGUAGCUGAAAGAUGGUACGCUGAAAUAAAAAAUUACAGCUUUCAAAAUCCGGGGUUUUCUUCUGGGACAGGUCACUUUACAGCAAUGGUUUGGAAGAACACAAAGAAGAUGGGAGUUGGAAAAGCCACAGCAAAUGAUGGCUCCACAUUUGUGGUGGCCAGAUACGAUCCACCUGGAAAUGUAGUAAAUCCAGGUUUCUAUGAAGAAAAUGUUCUUCCUCCAAAGAAAUAAUAAAAAGACAGGUUUUUUUUGGUUAAUGAAAAGUGUACUUGUGGACUGAAGACAUCUUUAAAAUUAAAUAAAAUCAAAUGAUAGUCCAUGCUUGAUACUACCAUUCACCUGUCACUACGAAGCAACAACUAUGCUACUUGAAUGAGUCUGUACAGUAGAUCUAUACAGCUUCUGAGAUAUGUUCUUGUUCUGAACUAAUUCAUUUGAAAAGUACUAAAGCAUGGGUAUAUGCAAACUCCAAGAUUUUGAUUUUGCCAAACAUGUAAAGGGCAAGAAUUUAUGUGGCUUUUUAAUAGUUUGUGUGAACUGUGUGUGGCUUUUUUUUAAAGCAAACAAGUUUGUAACUUUGUAACUUUUUAACUAAAAAUAUCACCUUGUAAUUAU